CGUCUCCAUGGCAACACGGCGCGUCCUUGGUUUGUGUAACAGGGUAGCUAUGCUAACUAACACACUGAGCUGGAGCUGUGAAGUUUGUCGGAUUUCAGCAAAGCUGUGAGUUGGGUGCUGGUAUUUCAAGUAGUGAUGACCUUAGCCACGCCCCCCAGCCCGGGUCUGGAGGACCUGAGGCCCAUGUCACGGGGAAUCCCCAUCAUCCCCAGAGGCAGGAGCGCUUCUCAUACACCCAGCCGAGAUGCUCAGAGGAGGAAUACCCUCAAGAGUGCCUCCGCCUCGUCUGUGCAGUCGGUGGCUGAUGAGAGUCUGUCUUUAGUGGACAUUGAGAGCAUGCUCUUACAGAAAGUGAAGGACAGAAAAGAUGACUUGAAGGCAGCUUUCCGUGCCUUUGACCAGGAGGGCAGUGCCACUGUCACUAAAGGCGAGUUUCGCCGAGUUAUUGAGGGCUUUCUUGUGCCACUCACUCAGUCUCAGUUUCACGGCCUGUUUGCAAAGGUCCCAAAGAGAAGGAAUGGAACUAUACCCUAUAUGGAAUUCCUACAACAAUACUGCAAGGUCUCAGCAGCACCAAUUAGGAGCAUGUCGUGCUACAGAACUCCAGCUUGGAGUGGAAGUCAGCGCAUUUGGCCGCUUGGAGAGCUGCAGUGCCGCUUGAAGGACAAGAUUGGAGGCAAUUUGAAAAACAUUACGAGGGCUUUUCGACUGUUUGAUUAUAACCGGGAUGGACAAAUCCAGCAGCAUGAACUGCGGAGAGUUCUGGAGAGUUACUGCUUUCCUCUGAGCCAUCAGGAGUUUCACAGGCUAUGGUCACAUUACAGCCCGAAUCACUCACAGACGAUAUCCUACAAAGAGUUUUUCGAGAGGCUUGGCGUUGAUUGUGAGAACUACCGGAAAAUUGCACCAGACUCUACAAAACUUGCUUUGACCUGGGAUGCAGCUAACCGGUCUAAAGCAAGACCCAAGAGCCGGACUUCAGCUUGGGAGCCUUCAUCUGUGACCCAGGAUAGUUUAGAUGAAAUCUACUCCAUGUUUCUGAAGAAAAUGAGUGUAAAUUAUCCUGUUGUAGAGAAAGCACUUCAAGCGUUAGAUGUCACAGACAGCGGUAUUGUCUCGUAUGAUGACCUGAAGUCAGUUCUGAGCAGUUUCCUUUUUCCAAUCAAUCACAGCUCAUUUUUGGGCCUCUUAAACAGACUUGGAGUGAACCCUGCAGAGCCUGUACAGUGGAGAAAGUUCAUUGCUCUAUUCAGGGAAGAGGAGCAGAUGUUACCUGCUGUGAAAGACACAGGUCCUGCUGCUUGUAAGCUAUCAAGUAUUGACGAAGUCUUGCCAAAGUUACGAGAACAGAUACUUGAGAUGUUUCCUCAUCUGAAGAGAGCCUUUCUGGUCUUUGAUGAGAACAGAACAGGGCUGGUCAGUCGAGGUGAUCUGCGGAGGCUACUGGAGAGUCUGACCUUCACUGUAACAGAUGAGCAGUUCAGAGGACUGACAGAUCUCCUUCACGUGCCACACUCAGGAUCCAUCAGCUAUCAACACGUCCUGGACUUUUUUCAGAAGGAAAGGCCAGCGGUAGUGGUUCAGGAACAGAUCAGUGAGUCUACAGAGAAGCCAGAGGCUCAGACCCAGCCUACUGCUGAAUCUCCUUCAGCCAAAGCAGCCUGGACUGUAGUGGAAGGGGUUCUUAAGGAGCAGCUAUCUGAGCAUUAUGCUUCACUGAUGUCAUCUCUAAGCGAGACAGACCCGACUCCGAGCUACACUAUUCCUCCUGAAGACCUGAGAAAGCUCUUCCAGCAGUAUGGACUACCACUGUCUGACAGCCACUUUAACAAGCUCUGUGAACCUUUUAUGGAGUCUGGAGCAGUGAACUACAAGUCGUUAUUGAUGAGCCUGGGCAUGUCCAUGAGGAACGGCAAGACAAAGAGUGUAAACAAGGGUCCUAGCUUGAUUGAGAGAAAUGAGAGCGCUUAUCGAGUUAAUGUGGCGAGUGUUAAAAGGCAAGCUGUGGUGGACGUUGUUCUGAAGAAGCUCAGAGACAGGUUGCAGAUGCGUGGGCUCACACUCCAGCAGUGUCUGAUGGACACCAGCAGAAGCUCUACAUCAGAACUUUACUUGAGAGACUUCCAGAAGAUUCUGGAUGAUUGUAGAAUUUCCCUGCAAGCACCACAAUUUCAGGCUCUCAUCCAAACUCUUGGUUUCUUCAAUGGACCGAUCUCCUUUUCAGACUUUAUGGACAAAUAUGAAGAUGCCAUAGCAAAAGAAAACAAUGAAGAGCAUCAGACAAUCUCAAAUAAUAUUAAGGCAGACAGCUUUAUGUCUGCAGAGGACUGUUUAAAUCAGCUUGAGGAACGCAUCAAAGAAUGUCACGGGGAUGUUUUAACAGCGUUCCGGCUGAUGGACAGAAACAGAGAUGGGCUGGUGAACUACAAUGACUUUAGAGUGCUGUUUGACAGCCUGAGAUUCGUGACUAAAGAGAAAGAGUACAAGAGAUUGCUUGAGCUGCUGGGCUUUAAGCCUGGCUCUGCUAUUAACUACUCCGAGUUCUACAGCAAGAUUCGGUCUGACAGAAAGACCGGAGCUAAUCUCAUCACUAGUAUGACAGCUGAUCAGUUACUUGAUCGAGCUUGUGAACAGGUUCAUGCCUAUCUGGUGGCCACUGCACACACAGAGGGGUCCGAGCUCUCAAAGGCUUUUACCCAGUAUGGUGAAGAUAGUGAAAGCAAGAUCACCAAGAAUGAUCUGAGGCUUAUACUUUACAAGUACUACUUGCCCAUUACUCCAAGAGAAUUUGAGAAAAUAUGGGCGAGGUAUGAUGAUGAUGGGAAAGGAUACGUCACUCAGGCAGAGUUCCUGAACAAACUAAAUAUCACACCGCAUGAGUCUACACAGUCUCCAGGGGGAAAGAUCAUCGACAGAACAGCCUCACGGAAACUUCUAACUGAGACAGAACUGCACAAUCUAAAAGAGUGUUUAAAGGUCAGCUUUGAGGAUGUGCGCCAAAGUCUGGUGGAAUUUGAUAAGAGUGGAGAUGGUCAUGUGACAGCGACGGACCUGUUGGCUCUGUUACAAACACAUGGAUUCCAGAUAGAGGAUCAUCAAUUAUUGGGUCUAAUCAACAAUCUUGGACUUGAUGUCUGCAAGCUGUCAUACCAUGAUUUUCUGGACCGUAUUGCUGGGCCAAGAGUCAGUAGCAGGUCUGUUCUGGUGUCUCCAGUCAGUCCAUCCAUGAUGUCUUCUGUAACAGGAGAUAGGAUAGAAAAUCUCAGCCCUGAGAGAGCCUUACAGAAGGUCAGAGAACUCGUCACAAACUCCUUGGAGACUCUAUCCAAGGCAUUCACAGCAUUUGAUAAGACUAGAAAUGGCAAGAUAGCUCAGGCAGAGUUUCAGCGAGUGCUGGACCAUUUUUGCAUCAAGCUCUCCGACGUGCAAUACAGACACCUGCUAGCUAAACUGUCAAUCAAAGAAGAGGAAAGCAAAGUGGACUGGAAGCAGUUUCUACACAUCUUCAAUCUUCACAACCAAGAGACAUCUGAGGAAUGGCUGGAGAAAAUCAACAAGGUACGCUUCCCUAACCAGACACGUCUUGUGCCAAUCAGUGAUAUACUAGGACGGAUCCAGGAGGUUGUUUCUGCUCGCAUUUAUACUAUCACCAAGGAGAUGGUGGAUUUGGAUUAUGCUGGCGUAAAUAUGAUUUCAAAAGAGGACUUCAGGACCAUCUGUGACCACCACUUCAUGAGACUCACUGAUGAACAGUUUGAAGCUUUGUGGAAAAUGUUGCCGAUCAAUACCUUUGGAAACCUGGAUUACCGUGAAUUCCUGAAGAAGUUCAGUAGAGAACUGAUUGAUCAGGGAAGUAUUAGAGGAUCACCUUCUCCCAAGCCAUCAGAGAGCUCAGCUGUUGCUGUCCCACAGUGCCCAAAAACAGCACCCUGCAGCCUUGGGAGAAGCAAGUCAUUAGGCCCAGAGCAGCACAGGCCUUCCUCUGCAGUCUGUGGACGGUCUACAGUGAGCACUUUGUUGAACUCUGAAGCCAUGGAGAGGAGGCUGCGCUCCCAGAUCCGGUCACGCUGGCGAGAGGUCCAGAGGAGGUGCAGGGAGGCUGACACAGGGAGCACUGGAGACAUUGAUGUAGAGACUUUCUUAGGCAUACUGGAGGAUGUCCAUAUUAGUCUAACACAUUCUCAGUUUGAGCAGCUGUCUGAGAAAUAUAACAUCAGAAGCAAGGAGCGUAUUUCCUACCCAGAAUUCCUGCAGCACUUUGUGCUCACGCUCAAACCUCAAGCCAACACUUUCAGCCGCAGAUGCAAGCUGCACAUGCCAUCAACGAUGAGUUCAGGGCCGCUGAGUAAGCAGUGCAUGGAUAUCUUGCUCAGGCUGUGUCCUUCUGUCCAGCUUUACUGGAGGACCAUGAAGCAGGCAUUUAUCUCCUGUGACAAGGAACGCACAGGAAAGAUUUCUCUUCAGGAUUUCAGAAAAGUUUUGAGGCAGUACAACAUCAAUCUCUCGGAAGAAGACGUCUUUCAUCUUACAUCUUUCUUUGAUAAGAACAUCUCAGGACGUAUUUCAUACAAUGAGUUUUUGAGCAUUUUGCAAAAAUGAAUGCAGACUUAUCCUGUAUUGUAAUGUAUAGUGUGCAGGGGUGGACAAAUCAGUAAACAAGACCAUGUCUGGGUUUUUAGUUUUUUUAUUUGUAGUUGUGGACAGUAGGCUCAGUAGGCUAGAGAGAAAGAAAAAAACCUUACUUCCUGUUGGCUUUUGCAAAACAAUCAUUUAUUUGCGUGUACUUAUAUUUAAACAAAAUGCGCUUCCCGGUGCAACGCACCUUGAUGCUGUAACUUUAGUAUGCGCAACUCGUUCUGAUCUCACCACCUGCUGCACUACACACAGCGGGUUUUACUGUUCAUAUUAUUUGACAUAUGACCUUUUGACAUAUGACCUUUUCAGAAUCAGAACACACAGGUAUGUGGAAACAUUGACGAAUCCAAGUGAAAAUAAAGUGCAGCGCAAAGCUGUCAUGUAACUCCUAGCACAACACACAGUCACCAUAAAUAAUAUUGUGGCAUCGGCGAGAAAGAGGAUUGAUCAGGACGCAUUGUUAAAACAAUGCACUUGCUCCUUUAUUGACAAACUCAGACUUAUAGCACAAUCACAGGCUUGGUGAUUACAAAUCCCAUUACAUAAAAUCGGUGGACACAACAAAAACAAGAUAACGUUCCAGUACGGUAAAAAUAAACAAACAGUACAGUACUGUGCUAACAAUUAACACUUAAUGUAAGAGAACAACACUAACAUUAAACUGCUAACAUUAGAGACGCCGCAGAGUGUGCACAGUAGGACAGCGAGGUUGCAAUAUCUUAUAUACACAAUACAGUAUAUAUAAUAUCUUUUAUGUGUGAUAAUAUCAGCUGUGCUACCUCAGACGCUUCCUUAGAAAAGGAUAAUGACUAUGGCCAAGAUAUAUGCUAUGCAGGAGUAUAUCUUAUAUACUUGUCUGUGUCUGUAUUAAAACACAACGAGGUAAGCAUAUGUCCCUAAGUCAGCAUAUGUUAUUACAUUAUGUUAGCUACCAUUUUUAGCCUAGUUAGUUAGGUUUCUGGGAAAUCAAAUUAUGUGACUUGCAUUUUGAAGCUUAUACUUAGUCAGUGGGCUAGAUAAUGGAUAUAUGAUUUGUCCACCCUUGGUGUGUUCUAUUAACUUUUUUUUUAUUAAUACAAAAAAAUCAUUAUGCAAUUAUCCUAUUAUUGUUCUUCAUUUAAAAGUCUAAACAUCUUUAAAAUUAGGUUAUUUCCCACUUUCACAAUUUCUGAAGCUCAGGUAACUUUCAGGGUUGUU